AUGGCAAUUCCUCCUAAUGAUUUCCCACCAAGAAAGAGACGACCUUCAGCGAGCUCUUUCAUCUCCCCUGACUUCUCCGACCGAAAGCUCCUUCAAUCUCUUCUUCUUCUGUCCCAAGAGAUUUCCCUUCUCAAACCUCUCCACUUCCUUCUCAAACAAAGCUUCUCUUCCAUAAUCCGCAAAUCCAAACUCCUCUCCCUUGUAUUCGACGAGAUUUUUCGCCUUCCCGUUUUCUUUCUCCCUCAAUCUGCACGUCUAUGUUCUACAGAAUUAUACGUCGUCUUACAGAGAACCAAGACUUUGAUCGAAGAUUGCUCUAAUGGAAGCAAGAUGUGGCUUUUGAUGCAGCACAAAUCUGUAGCUGAAGGUUUUCAUCAGUUAACAGCUGAAAUAUCAACUCUGCUAGACGUUUUCCCUUUCAAGGAAUUCGAUUUGAGCGAUGAUGUGAAGGAGCUCGUCGUUCUACUAAGAAAACAGUGUUGCAGGGCCAUCACUAUCGUGGAUCCCUUGGCUGAGAAUCUCAAACAAGAGGUUCUGAAGAUGCUCGAUGAUAUAGAGGAAGCUAUCAUUCCUGAGAAAUCGAAGCUGGAGAAUCUCUUCGAGAGGUUAGAGUUACGUGAUUCUUCGAGUUGCAGAGACGAGAUAGAGCGUCUCGAAGAGGAGGUUCAGAGUCUGGGUUCUACAGAUUCGAAAUCGACGGUUCAGAUGCUUGCAUUAAUGGGCCUCCUUCGUUACGCGAAAUGCUUCCUCUACGGUGCUUCGUCACCAAAGAGAAGCCUCAGCUCACCGAGAUCCGACGGUACUAAUAGCACCACGGAGAUGUCGUUCCCCGCCGAUUUCCUCUGCCCGAUCAGCCUCGAAUUGAUGAGUGAUCCAGUGAUUGUCGCAACAGGGCAGACCUAUGAUAGAUCCUCCAUCAGCCUCUGGAUCGAAUCAGGACGCAACACGUGUCCUAAGACUGGUCAAGUACUCGCUCACACCAAUCUGAUCCCGAAUCGUGGGUUGAAGAAUUUGAUCUUAAUGUGGUGUCGUGAAAAUAAACUCCCGUUUGAGAUGGCGGAGACUGAUAAAUCUAACGGCGUUACAUUGAGCAAGGCUGCGGUAGAAGCCACGAGGAUGACGGCAUCGUUUUUGGUUAACAGACUACGUGUUUCACAGUCAACGGAGACGGCUAAUCGGAUCGUUCACGAGCUUCGGACUCUUGCGAAAACUGUUUCCGAAAGCCGAGCUUGCAUAGCCGAGUCUGGAGCGAUUCCUGUUCUCGUUGAUCACUUAGGUUCAAAUAAUCCUGACCUGCAACUUAACGCCGUUACUACGAUUCUCAAUCUGUCUAUCCUCGAAUCCAAUAAGACGAGGAUCAUGGAAACCGGCGGAGUUGUGGAUGGCGUCGUUGGGGUGUUGAGAUCAGGUGCCACGUGGGAGGCGAAGGGUAAUGCGGCUGCCACGCUGUAUAGCCUUUCCAGUGUGCAUGCCUACAGGAAAGAGCUAGGGAAGAAGAAACGUGUCGUGAACGGAUUGGUGGAACUGGCGAGAGUGGGACCCGCAAGUCAAAGAAGAGAUGCUCUGGCUUCUAUUUUGAAUUUGGCGGGAGAGAGAGGCUGUAUUGGAAAGUUAAUAGAAGGAGGAGUACUGAAAAUGGCUGUGGAAAUAAUGGAUGAGUCACCGGAAGAAGUGGUGUCUAUUAUGGCGGUGAUGGCGAAGAGAGGCGGAGCAAUGGCUAUAGCUACUACGGAUGGGGCUAUUGCGAAAUUAGCGACGGUGUUGACGGAUGGUCCAGAGGGAGCGAAAGAGAGCGCCGCUGCGGCGCUUGAUACGGUUUGCCGGAGAGGAGGGAAUGAGGUGGUGGUUCAAUUGGCAGCGAUGCCGAGGAUUCAAAAAGCAAUUUGGGAUCUGAUGAGGACCGGAACAAUGAGGUCACGGCGGAAGGCGGCUAGCCUUUGGAGGACUGUUCGGCAAUGGGCGGCCGAAACCAAUCAUAAUCAUAUUCAUCAUCAGGGUCGUGUUGUCCAGGUCAUCACCAAUAUGACGGAUCUAUUCGUAUCUUGAUCGAGCAAGAAAUGUUUGUAUCUUUUUCUCUUCUUUUUUAUUACAAUGGCUGAAUGUAUUCUCUCAAUUGUGUGAUAAGGUCCAAACCCCCCAAAAAUACAGAAAAAAAAAAAAAAGGGUGAUAUGUGAUCCUAUUUGGGUCUGAUUGUAAAUAGUGAGUCAAUUGUAUACUCGGAAAUUGAUUUGU